CUACCGCUCCCCACACACAUACACACAUACACACACACAUUCACACACCAGUUAUUGUGCGUCUUCUUUCCAAUGGAUAUCAUGACAUGGUCACUCACUCAAGUCUGUCGUCAUUUAUUUUGCGGCUGAAACAUAAAAAAAAAUGCAGCAACCACGUAAGUGGUAAUUAGUAAGUGUUGAAGGACAACUUCCAUGAAGAAUGCCGAGGUUUAGUAGGCCAUUGCAGAUGCUUUUGAAACACUCCUGCGUGUCGUUUCCUGCAGGUCUCUUUCUCCUUUGCUCUGGUGUGUCAAUCGACUGUCUUGACGCGCAACAAUUGUUGCCGUGCAGAGUGCACGUGCAGCAAGUGAGCCUGAUUUUAUAAUGCAGAUUGUCAACUGAUUAGACGAGCUGUCUCGUGAUCUGGUGAAAGGCAAUGUGCCACUUACGUUUGCUGUGCAUGUGUGUUAAAUCCCUCGUGGCAUUGCACAUUUUGCUUCUGCGGGUCGUGCACUGCUCACCAGCUCGCCGCUUUAACAUUGCAGCAUUAACGUAACGUGACUUGUAUGACAGGUGUACAGCGGUGCAUUGUUUUAACCUGAUUUUGAAAGCUAACUUGCGAGUAAGUUAAGGCUACAGGGCACGGGGCUGUCUCGAAUUGAAUGUCAUUCAUCUACAAAAGCUGCACUUUCCCCACAGCCUCCCCACCCUGGUGUUUUAAGUAGCUUCUAACUGCUUGCCUUUGUGGUCACACUGAUAGAACCCAGCAAUCCUUCUCGCCUGUGGCAGACAAUUGGCGUACCUUUGAAGGCGGUUGUCUGGCGUGCGUUUAUAUUUCACCUGCUAGGUUUUGUUAUAAUGGUGCGUUCACCGUUUAAAAAAAAUGUAUUUAUCAAUUUACAUAGUGGCUCAAUGCAACCGCAUCCCGAGACGCAUUGCAAAGGUGAAACAUUUGGCAUGGUGAGGGGGGGGGGGAUUGGAGUUGAGGUCGUGAGAGAGGAGAGGGUUCAGCACUGCGACAAAAGCAGCCAAGGCCCAGCGGACGGCAACGGGCGACCAGGGGCAAACGGGGGCAGCACCAGGGUCCUUGGACAGCCCUUGGGUGGCCGGGGAUCUUUACCAAGCAAUCUCAGGGCGGUCCAAUUGGGGAUGGGGUGGGGAGGCGUUUUUGGGAGUUGAUUUUUACGUCGUAAAAGUACAAUCCGAAUGGACCCAUAGGCCGAUCAACAGUUAUGUUUACGCGUGGACCCACAGUGUUCAACAAUGGUGCAUAAUUAUAAUUAAGUUUUAGUGAGAGUACAUGCCCCGGGGUUAUUAUUUUUAGAGCUAGCUCUUUUAUUUUGCAGAGCGCAGCUGUUUCACUUAUAAAUCCCAUUUGACAGACAAGAUUCUGAAUGAAUAUCAAGCAAGUAGACCUGUGUGUCUGCCCUCGCUCGUCACGCAAAGUGAAGCGCACCACCUGUAGAUAAUUGAACUUGGGAGGUUUCAUUUUCAUUUACCGAUAAGAGCGAUGUCAAAACACAAGGAGUCCAGUCCUAAUGAUCACAGUGGGCUCUGCAACCCAUUUGAAUAGGUCACUGAAGCAUGCCGCCAUGGUGUCGUGGGUCGGCACAGCGGAUUUGCAAUGCAGAGUUCACCGGUUCAACCUCCUCCCAGUGUGGCACUUGAAACAAUCUGCAAGUUUGUUAAAUCUCGCCACCUCUGUUCACUACAGUUGGUCAAUUGGCAUUGUCGUGUUUGAUUGGGGUAUGUGUAGGUGCAGUACUCCCAGCUCUUCGAAGACACCUGCCCAGCGUGUAGGAGCAGGAAAAAAAUACCUGUUUUAGAGUGCGUCUUCGAGAACUUUCCUCAAGUUCGGAGACCCUUCUGCCAGCAGUAGCGUGAGCGAGCAUUUCAGGGCUGCGCCUUUAGCUUUUUUUAUGCAGCGCGCAGGCAAUGAGUAGAGGGAACAGUGUUUUAGCAUGGCGACUGAUCGUCCAGCACAACAACUGAUACCCAUCACCAUGAGCUUGGCAAACGUCAGGUGGCAGUGGCUUUUUGUGAGAAUGCGAAUAAAUCGUGCCAAGUGUGCAUGCAGGCACGAGUGGAGAUAAAGAAUGCUUGAAAGUUGUUCACACGCUCGUUGAUUGGUUACGGGGUCAUGCUUGAUGAAAAAAAAUUGCUUUUAAACGUGCUCAUUCAUGUACUGAGAUAUGUUUAAACUUACAGCUCCAAAACACAUGGUAGCGUAAUGCUAAAGUGUGCUUCUGGUUACGUUUGUUGCGCUUUGAUGGUAACGUGUCCUUCUGUCAGAUGUACUAAAUUUAGGACAUGUAUGCGUGCUGGACAUACUAAUUCAUUUGUAUUUUACAGUCAAUCGUCAUCAGUUGUUUUUCCUGAAAUGCACACACCAAUUAAUAAGUGGGAUAAUCCAUAAUUUACAAUGUAUGUAUACUGUAUACAAAUUACUUAUUCUACGAGUUUUACAUUUUGGCCAUUGGAACAAAAGAAAACUGUGUAAAGGAGAAAAAAACACGACAAAAUACAAACGAGACCGUUAUAAAAUCGUGAUAAUAUAACCAACUCUUGAAUGGAAUCAUGGCCUCAAAUUGUGACGAUCGAUUGAAUCACCGGAAGGCAAAAUGUUCCAAUGCAUAUCAAAUAAUUAUCAGAAGAUUGAGAAGUAAAUAAGGUUUUUAAUUCGCAUUGAUGUUUUUUUAAACAAUUAUACUUCCAAGCUGCGUCGCUAAACGGUAUUUCACUCUUGCAACAGGAUUUUUUGUUUUUUAACAAAAGCAUGCAUACGAUGUUAUUGUUUUUGCCGCUGAGCAAUAACACUCGGCUAUCAUUGGCGCGAUGACCGGCGUUGGUGGUGCAGACUUAAGACUAAGAGAGAGAGAGAGAGAUUGCCAGUUGGCACAGACCUGCGCAUCACUUGCAACCGCACAGUCUGCAAGCCGUGCCCCUUCCCUGCACGCAUGCAUGCAUACGGUGCAUACGUAUAGGUGUAUUUUGGUCUUGACAUGCAUACACAACUCAGCCACGUAGAACGCAUUUGUUCCUGGCUGAAAUUUACAUCAGUGGCUGGGAUAGCAUCGUAAGUAUGUAAGUAGAACUUCUUUCGCACCCUACGUAGCCAACCGCGCUAAUCGAAGGUGCGGGGGAAGGACAACGAAAGAAGUCACUCAGCUUGCCAAUGAGCCGCUUUGGUCAGAUUUGGCGGUUCGGAUUCUUUGCUGCCUAGGAUUUUCUGCAGAACACUUUUUUAAACAAAAAUUGUGCCAUCUAGAGUGCCGUCAUUCGGCAAAAGUAGGGCACUGCACGUGGGUGUCCAAAAUUGACAAGAUUUGCCACAUCUUAAAGCUAGAAUACUUACGGUGAUGAAUUCAGAAAUAAAAUCUUACACUGUGGGGACUAAAUAUGAAUGAAUUUGCAUUGUAACAUUUCAUUUGAUUGUAGCCUAUCGAUCUGGAGCAUUUUCUUCGCAAACGAUAAAGCAGUCAUUUUGAGUCCGUUUAAGUCUGGAGUAGAGGAGUUUAUGCGUACGCUGAUUACAUUCAGAAUCAGGAUAUGUAUUUAUACUGGAGGAAUCCGAUGAGCUGAUAAAGUUAUUUUUUGCAGAUAUCCAGUAGGAGUGGGUCAGAACGUUACAACAACAAACAGUACAAAAACACGAUAGGAGUGCAAAGUAUAGGAUAGGCGAGUAAGUCGCUUAAAGAAUAUACAAAUAAAACGAAACUGUUUUAAUUUACACUACCCGUGCACUCAGAGCAUUAUAAUGCUAAUUAAUUUAAAUGGCAGGUUUAUAUCCCUUGAAAUGAAAAUUCUUCUUUUUAACCACAAGUCCCAUUAGUGCAUGGGAGAGACAGCUGUUCGGAUUGUUUUUCUCCGUGCACCAUGAUUAUGUGCGUCCUUCUCUAGUCACAUCCACCAUCCUCCAAUCCCGUUCUGCCAAAUGCUUACAUCCUACACCCGGUCUCUCUCUUACUCCUGCCCUGUGCUGGUAGCUUCACACUCCAUUUCUUCUGAACACAACGAUCAAACCAUCGUCUCUUUUCAGCAUGCUAAGCCUCGACCUCUCUAAUAUUCUUGAGAAUAUUAGAGACCAUUGUAAAGGCUCUAACUUCUUCAUUCAACCUUCUUUCCCUUCGAGAUAUUCCCAACAUCCAUCGCCAGCGUCGUAUUUCUGUCCUUUCUUGUGCUCUUCUUUCGUGCCCAUGUCAUUACACCAUCGUACAUCAUCGCCACUCGGCGUAUGACAGGUUUUUAAAAAAUAUAUAUAAUCAGUUUUACUUGCAUCUUCAUGUUAAAGGAAUUGGUCACGUGAGUGUAUGGGUACAUAAUUAGUGGAAGGCGCACCUGGAGAAAAACACAACAACAAUAAUGAUUGUGGUAAUUGUCCUUGAGCCAAUCUAGGACCCUAACAAGCAAAAGGAGUGUCUGGUUUCAGUGGGCAAUUACCAAAAUCGAUCAGUGCUGAUCAGUCUAAUUACGUUGGGGCUCUGGUGCCAUUGGAAAGAGCUCACGUUUAGCUGUCCACUCCAGUCGCCAGUGCCAAGUUUAUCCAUCCCUUAGAAUUUACACAACAACAAAAACUAACAGCAACUAAUGAUGAGAUUAUUCUGUCGCAUGGCAAUAGCAACAUUUAAGUGGGUAGAUCAGGUUUUGAUGUUUUAGUCAAGAACAUCGCAUGCGGAAUCAAUUUAUGUCGUCUGCCGGAGAGUCAAUAUAAGGGGAGACUUCGAUUGCAUGGAGUUUGCCACAGUUGGAAUGGGAAUUCUUUUUUAAUUGCCACUUGUGCAUCAGACAUUUUAGGUCGCCCAUGGGAAGUCCUGAUGCAGUUUAUCAUCAAUAACUGCUGCCGGGACAAUGCGAAGCGAGGAGGUGUUAUUGAAAAUGCGAUUGGUUGAAAACAUUCAUAUUAUUAUCUCAAAAUGCACAUUUGUUUCUGAAAGCUGACAUUAUUUGACACGCCAGCGCAGUGGUCACUCUUGCCUCCCAAGCGUUGGAGAGAAAGAAACAAAAAAUGCACCCUGCUCAUAUUUGCACACCCUUUUUGCCUAAUAAACUAAGAAGGAGAACUAAACAUCCCAGUUCGAUCCGUCAGCACAACUCUGCCGUCUUGACGGUCCGCACAAGCGGCCACCAGUGCAAGUGGCCACUCCUCCUCCCUCGUGAACCCUCGCGUGGCCUGGCCAAUCAGGAAGUCAACCAAAUCCAGGCAGAGGCUGGCCUGAUAGGGGCCAGGGAGAAGUAGCGGCGGUGGCGAGCUGUGUUUUCCCCCUCCUCCUCCUCUCUCAUUCGUUGCCCUGUAGGGGCAUUGCAUGACUGCGUGGCUGCACGGGAAGUGGACAAACAGAGCCCAGCCGCGCGCUGGGCUUUGUGUCUUGAGAUGUUCACGUGUGGAAGGGGCAGCCGGAGACGGGAGACACGGGCAACAUACGUGCUCGUGGUCAGCGGAUAAAAGAGGUGACGCUUACAAGGAAUUUGUUUUCUGCUUGGAAAUGAAUGUGAGUCCGGCUUGGUCCCCAGUGACGUCCAGCAUUCGGCAUGGCCAUGCUCCAGGCUCUGCUUCUCUUCUCGGCUGAGUCCACGUCCCCUGCCUCUCCACCGCCGCUGCUCUCCGACCGCCGGCAAGGCGUGCGGCAGCCUCCACCUCCACGUACACCGCCAGCACAGACGCAGUCCCGGGCUUGGCCACCGCCACCGGCCGCGCCCCUGCGAACCUCGGCCUCCGAUCCCAGCCUCGCGCAAAGCGCCGCCGCCGCCGCCGCUAGCGCCGGGGCCGGCUGCGGCGUUGGCAACAUGGGCAGCGUGAGCAGCCUGAUCUCGGGCGGCGGCGGCGGCGGCGGCGGAGGCGGCGGCGGCGGACCUCAGCACGCCGGAGCAAAGGGCCUGCGCAGCAACGCGGGCCGUGCGCCGCACCUCAAGCAGGGUCUGCUGCAGCGCAACGGGCUGCUCAAGAAGGGCUUCUCCUCCAAGGAGUCGGUGGCGAACCUGCUGAGCGAGGAGCGCGUCGCGGCCGCCAAGCCGGCCGUGGCUCGGCUCAUCAAGGACGAGCGGUCGGCAGCCGAGAGGCUGGGCGGCGCCAACGGACUCGGGCAGGGCGAGUACGUGCAGCUCAACAGCGGCAGCCUUAGGGGCGACGAGAGGGGCGCGAUGGAGCCUGCCGACGGCAGCGCGGGCGGCGGCGGUGGCGGAGUGCAGGUGGCCGGCGUGCCGCUCAUCAAGGACAUACGGGGGCCUCCGCCCAAGAUCGUGCCCAUCUCCGGGAGGCUGGAAAAGAGUGUGGAGAAGAAGCUCAUCCGUCCCAUCGCCCUCAAGCCGGCGGCGACAACUUUGUCUGGCGGCGGUGGCGGCGGCGGGUCCUCCCGCGGUGGUGGUGGUGGUGGCGGCGGCAGCAGCACCCAGCGGCCCUCGCAAACCUCGGGGCCUCGACCCCUCAAGGGCAUCUUCCCGCUGGAGCAGGUCAAGUGCGCCGUGCCCAACUCGAUCGCGCCUCCCAGCAAGUGGAGCUCCACCGAGGGCCUCUACCAGAACGUGGGCCAGCACGUGGCUGCCGCGGGACAGUGCCUCCUGUCGGACUCGGGCCGCAACUCGCUGUCCAGUCUGCCCACGUCCGUGGGGGCCGGAGUGGCCGGUGCCAUCGGGCGGGUGGACGGGCUGUGCGUGGUGGGAGGGCCCGGGGGGGUGCAGCACCAGCAGCAGCACCAGCAGCAGCUACAUCAUCAUCAUCAGCACAUCGUGGGGAAGAUCAGUGCCUCGACGGGGCACAUCGACCACAUCGCGAGCGGAACGCCGCUGCAGCCACCCCCGCCUGCCACGAUGAUGUCCCAUCACCACCACAAUGGGCUCUCAUCUGGCAGGAAGGCCUCGGCCGUUGAGUCAGGAAUGCUCAGCGGCGGCUCCACGCUGGACAGCGGCCGCGGCUCCUCCUCCAGCAGCAGCGGCGGCAAAGGGGGGGGACGGCGGCCGACGGGCACUGGCGGCAGCGAGGCGGGGGGCUCGUGCGACCAGUCGCCGUGCUCCGACGACCCGUACGACGUGGAGGAGGAGUUCCGGCGGCGGUGGACGCGGCAGGCGGGCGGCGAGGCCGGCCCGACCGUCCCCUACGCCCGCGACGACCGAGGGCCCGGGCCCUCGGAGGCUGAGCUUGCCGAGCUGAGCAGGCAGGCGUACGGGGCGCGCCUGCGCCAGGCCGGGCAGAAGGCUCAGCGGGCCCAGCACAUGGCGCAGCUGCAGGUGUUCCAGCUGACGCAGGAGAAGCGCCGACUGCAGGAGGAGGUGGGGCGCCUGCAGGACGAGGUGGCGCGCUUGCAGGGAAACUGCCAGACGCUGGAGAAGCACUGCUCCGCGUUCCAGCGCCAGCAGAACGAGCUGGCCCCGCGCCUGGAGGAGACCAAGUGGGAGAGUCCUCGGUGUGUUUCUGACGACGGCGUGCCACAGGUGUGCCAGAAGUCGGGGGAGAUCUCCCUGCUCAAGCAGCAGCUGAAGGAGGCCCAGGCGGAGCUGGCGGGGCGCCUCGGCGAGUUGCUCGCGGUGCGCGCGCAGGCACGUGACGCGCGCUCCGAGCUGGCCUCGCGCGACGAGCAGACGCGCGCCCUGCAGGCCCGCCUCCACGCCAAGACGGCCGAGCUCGAGGUGUGCGCCAACGAGCUGCAGCGCCGCGCCAGCGAGGCCGCGCUGCUCCGCGAGAAGCUGGCCCAAAAUGAGGCACAGGCGGCCGAGCUCCGCCGCAAGCUGGCUGACGUCACCGCUGCCGCCACCACCACCGGCGGCGGCGGCGGCGGCGGCCGGGGCAUUGACGACACGGACAGAAGGGUGCGCGAGGAUGAGGAGGUCAACGACGACGACGACGAAGAGGGUGAGGUGGAGGAGGCCGAAAACCGCCGUGGGGAAAACAGGACCGACGGAGCGCAACCGGGGCCAGGGAAGCCACCCGUCGGCACACGGGGCCUGACGGAGCUCCCGCCCGAGGGCGACGACCGCAGCGGAAGCGCGGGGGACGGGUCGGAGGCGGAGACCCGGCUGCAGGGCCUGCGGCGCGAUGUUAGCAGGAUGCAGGUGGAGGUUGAGGCCCUGCGCGAGAAGCUCGGCGAGCAGGCGGGCGCGUUCGAGGAGGAGCGGCGCGUGUGGCUCGAGGAGAAGGACAAGGUGAUCCGCUACCAGCGGCAGCUGCAGCAGAGCUACCUGCAGACCUUCCAGAGGAACCGCGCGCUGGAGGAGGAGGUGAGGCGCAUGGCGGCCGAGCUGGAGAGCAGGGACAUGGAGGAGGUGGACGCUCACAGCGAGUUUUCUUACAAGAAUGCGGCGACUGCCGGCGCCGUGGUCUCCGCGGUGGCUCCGACUGAAAUCUGACGGCACCGCUCGACGGCCGUGCUGCGCGGCAGGGACUUGGCGCGUUUGCUUGCGGAGCGAAGGGAGCGCCAGACAGACAAUCGACCAGUCGCCAUCUCUGCCCCUGAGAAAUGUGCACCACGAAGAAUGGAGCCUUAAUUAAUGAUUGAUUUCUAUUGACCUUACGGCAAAGAGCAGAAUGUUGUCACACCAAAACCAGUUUUCUUUUUAACACUACAAAAUAUUUACAUUGCAAAGUCCGUGAGAUGACUAUUUAAUUCAACUUCCUGGUAAACGGGAUGCCCGCUGUGAUGGGGGAUGGAAUAUUCUACUCCCAAAAUGCUACAGGAUGGUUCAUCGUGAAAAUUACUUUCCUAACCCGCGUGUGUGUGUGUGUGUAUCUGUCUGUCCUUGUACUUCGUUAAUUCUCUGCAGUACAGUAUUUAUCUCUUGCCAUAACCCGAGGCAAUAUUUAUUCAUCAGUGUUCGCUUGCACUUACUGUAAACAGACAGUGGAAUAAGCACAUCCAGUUCGGUUUGUACAAGCACAUGACCGCCAUUAUACAUGUACAUAUUGCAGCUCGCCGGUUUGUAUAUGUUGGUGAUGGCUGUCAAACCCUCGCAGAUGUCCUUGUGUAGGUUUGUAAUGUAGCUUUUUAUACGUUUAGAGGUUACGUGGACAUUAAUGUUUCUACUACCGUCAUGACGAAAAUGUGAAUAUUUGUGCGUGUUUUUUUUCCUCUUACGUGCUGCAUGGUUGCCCCAUUGCUGAAUUAACGUCAAACCCGUUGUGUAAAUGUGCAUGUGUUCCCGCAAACGGUGUCCACGAUGAACGGGACGAAGUUGUCGUCGGUGCCAUAUGUGCGAGUUUCCAAAGAAUUCCGAAUCCCCGCUUAAGACGCGCUCCGUGUUCGGCGGUUAACUGGCGAGCUAUGCUCGCUCGAAUACACGGCGGUCUUGUCCAAUAUGCUACAUCCUUCCCCGCCGUACUUACGCGGCUUCGAGCGUGUUUCGUAUAAUCAUCGACUGUCGCGGCUUAACGACCACUUGCAUUUGUAUGUGAAAAUAAUACGUUUAAAAAUGCCAGUGGUGAAUGUCUUUAAAUGCGUUUUUAAGGCCAUAAUUCCCACAUCCUUCAAUAUCGUGGUGCUGCUCAUUUACAGUACCGUGGAUUCAGGCUCGCGUAGUCAAAGCUCUGUAAAGACGUACACAUUUUGGGUGCACUGCUAUAUACACUGUACGGUAAAUGUUUGCAUACUGUUUUUCACUCGAUAGAAAUUGCUUCAUCACCAAAGUCCACGGGGACUCUGCAUAUGGACUCUAUUUGGUAUAUACAGUACCUCAUACUCAACAUUUUGCAAAAGAGUCCACUCGAGGCUAACUACAGAAAUUCCAUAAUGUGUACGUACCAAAAUCUCACAGAAUGUUUCCAGCUGGUGAUUGUGUAAAAUGUCUGUGUCAUGUGAUUACGGCUACUUGGGUUUUAUAGUUUGGUAAUUAUUGGCGACUGGGUGUAAAAAACAUAACACCUUUUAUAUGACAGUGGUUCUCAACCAUUUUGGUAUGGUGGCCUCCCUGAUCCAGACCACCCCCCCCUCCCGUCACCACCAUUCCGCCCCCUCGGCCUCAGACUCCCAUAGUGCAUUAGUGUUUUGUUACCACAUCAUGUGAUGUGACGCUGACGUUCCCCGGCCACAUUUACGAUGCAUCCUGCACGGUAUCCACGCCGCAGCCUGCGCCCUCUAGGCCGCUAGGGGGUGCAUCCCACAGGUUGAGAGCCACUGCCCUCAGAACUCGUAUUGUUUGACCCAUGUUUCAAAUAGUAAAUGGCAAAGACAGCAGCUGGUGUGUUAUGUUAGGCUGAGCUGUAGUUUAAAUGUGGGCUCAAUUGUUUAUCUCUCCUGUCUUGAGGCUUCCAACGUGUUGGAAUAUGUGUUCCCUUUUUAUUUAUUUAAGUAUUAAUAUUUUAGCAAUAAUUAAUACAAAGCAAUUUGCCAAUCUAAUGUUACACUUCUGAGCGUUUUAAAAGUCGCCGCCUGUAUUUGAAUUGAUCGUGGUACAUGAUGUUUUUCAUAGUCCACAACUGUAUUUUUUUUCAUUUUCAAUUAAGGACAUUGUGUUACUGAGAAUUUUUGGUCUGUAUUUCCCAUGUUACACAUGUCCUCAUGGUAUACAUAUACACAAUACAGCGUAUAAAACAACAGUUUAUGCAAUAUAAAUAAAAUCCCAAAAGUAGGAAACUUAACAGGAUGAAAAUGUCGUUAACCUAGGGGCCUGUCUUCAGUGUUGACAACUUAUCGAUUUUGUUGCUAGAUCUAGCUACUUUUUGGGUUUCUCUCGUGGAAAGCUUGUCAAAACGACUAAGCUACAAAUCUAGCGACUUCUUGGGAUGAGGACAUGAUGCAGAUUUAGGAGCGAUUCCCCAAGGUGGGUAUGAAGGAGUUUUCACCGGUUUACUCUGCUCAACGCUCUGUAAAUUGUCUCGCGACAUUGUCCGACGUCUUCGAGGUUCGCUUCGGCAACUCUCUCCGCUUUUAGGGAGUUCCCAAACGCUGCCUACGAUUAGCGAGCGUCGUGCGCGCACGCGCGUACCCUGCGGUGUCGCUGCAAGAGAAAUAGCGGACGAGGCUGUUGAUGCUGCUGGAUCGACGAUAGUAUUGCUAUAGCGGCGGUGCUCUUCGCGUGACGGGGGGGGGGGGGUACGAGCCUGCCAAGCAUUAUUGUCACACCUUUCACCGCUGCCGCCAUUGUGCCCAGACUUUGUAGCCAUGUUAUUUUUGUACUUGGUGCUUCCAUAUUUGGAGCCAGGAUGUCUGUGGCAUGUGUACAUUUGCUCUGCAUGGCUGGACAGAGAGUGCUUGCGCACAUAAACACCUUUUGUAAAUAAACCUAAGUGAACUUAAACUCGGCGCAAGUUUCUCGUCCUCGUGGUGCAUGUCGUGCGUUGCGUCUAUCCCAGCUGCCGUUGUUGGCUCCGACAUUAUCGUCGAUAAGAUUCUAGACUGAUUUUGAAACACCGAUUCGAAGUAAUUGUGUGCAAUUUUUUUAAAAAUAUAUAUACAUGUGUAGUUGUCUAAAGAAAAACAUGCUGUCAUAAACCGUGCCUUUUAUUUGACGCCAGACAUUCUCGUUUACGUUUGAAGACUUUUCCAAACAGGUGCUCCUGCGUCUGGAUGUUUGGCCAAAUUUGUUCAUGACUGCUUGGCACGUGAAAGGAAACUGGAGUUUUUGAAGAAAACCCACCAUGAAUACAAGAGCUCCACACAGAUAGAUUCAAUCCACAGACAGGGUAAAAUCUGCAGAUUGACAGAAUUGCUGUCCUGCUAUCAUCGGGAUAUCUCACAGCCCCACAGCUACAACACCUGGUGUUCCCACUGAUAUACCAGACGAGGCCUGUUAAAAUUACAGGCUAGUCCACAUAGUAUUAUCAACUACUCAUGACAUGCUUUCUAAAAAAAAUGAGCAUGGUCAAGCAUCGUUAACCCCCGUGGCUCAUGUGACGUGGGGAGGCCUUAAUUCAGGAAUGGAUUGACAAAAGGGGGGGAAAAAGGAAACUGGUUAGGAAUGGCAGGGCAUAUAUGCUGCUUUAUAAUUAAGUCCUCACAAAUGAGACAUCGCCUGUUCAUCACAAAGCCAAAAAAUUGGCCCAUUAGUGUGGGAGGAAUAGAAGUCGGGUAGAAAUUAAAAUCGCCAUAAUGUGCAGGUCUGCGUAGGUAGAUUUGUGACUCAUCCUAAACACGGUAAUCAUAGGGCCGCUGCAGGCAAGUGGAGUGUCAUGGGGCCCAUUUUAAAGGACAAUAGCUGGGUGUUCAUUAUGCUUGUGACAAAGUGGGUGUGCAUGCGUCUAAAUCAUUAAGUACUGUAGUUCGUUUUAAGACAGACUCAUUAUUUGUGUUAAUCUUAGCCACUCGGAAGACAGCACCUCAACAUGGUCAAACAAUGGUGACACGGGGUUGGAGAUGCCUUCUUUAUCCAGCACUGCAUUUUCUAAGAGCUGUAAACGAUUCCUCAAGCGUUUGUGAAAUGAGAGGCAACGGCGUAGGGAUGCCUGCAUCCAGCCGUGGUGAUUAUGGCUGAUGAUGGAUGAAUGUGUGGUUUUUUUAAUAUCAGGUGGUUGGCCACCACAUUUCCCCCUUUAAAUUAUCCGCCGAUAUCGUGUAAAUUUUUCACCACUCAGCAGUGCUCUCGUGCGAUGUUAUGUUUCCUGCCCGUCGUUAAAUGGCACGCACACCCCAAUUAAAAAAAAAUCUAAUAACAGCCUCACAAUAGAGACUGCUGUGUGCUCUGCUAUCAGGACCUAAUGGUCACAUUAACUUGCCACAAAAAAGUCCUCAUUUCCUGAAAACAAUUAGGGGCAUUUUUGUAUACAAGCCUUUCAGUCUGCCUCAUAACGUUCUCAUGUAUAAAAUGUUAGUGUGUAAUUCAUUGCAACCAACAGGGCCUCGUUAUGAGCAGCUAUCCUGCUUAUGCCUCGAAUUUUGCAGGAUUUUGACAGAAUAAUAAUGGAGUUUAGCUGCUGCAAUAUGAAAACAUCUUUGCGCAUCCCAGGGUCCUGAACUACCCUGUCACUUGCCUUCUUUUUAAUAUGUACAUUUUGUCAUGAAAAAUUAUACCUUGUGCAAUAUUGCUACACCCGUAGAGGUAUUUUGUUCAUGACAUCAUUCAAUCUGCUAAGCAGGAAACAAGUUGACUUGGGGAGAACACGUCACUGGAUGAGAUGAUAAUACAAUGUUUUAGUUUUAUAGUGCAUCAUUCAUGCAAAAUACAUCUCUCAAAGUUUUACAUUUCGUAACGCAGGGAGGCGUGAGGAACGGCAAUUGAAAGGGCAUCCAGGCGGUGAGCCAACACCAACAAUUGCCAAAGCUCGGUGGUUCUCUAUAUAAUAAGAUGUUUUCAACCAGUUAAUGUGUUUAUACACGUGGGAGGCCAUCAGAACACCCGGUGAAAACCCAUACAUGCGAGGGGGCAAUACCCUACCUCGUACAGAUUGAACAGAUGGGGAUUAGUUCACAUUUGCCCUAUCCCUUUUUCCUGGCAAGACAGAGCGUGGCACUGCAACAGCCAUGAAAAGGAAGUUUCACAACAUUUGUGUGAUCCACCGAGCCUGACAUCAUUCAGACCGCUAAGUUAAAGUAAGUGGACUUGGGCCGAACACGUCGCUAGAAUAGAUGAUGGUCGAUCGUCAAAGAUUGGUGACCAUAGUGGCAAAGUAAUGGAACGGAGCUGAGAGGACGAUGAAAGCAACUCGCGUGCAGCUGCCAGGUGGAUUGUUACAUCACAGGAUCGUGAGAGAUGGUGGUGGCUUUGGGGGAGGCCUUCAGAAAUAGACUGCCCAUGGCUGAUAAUGAUGAUGAGCACUUAUUAUGGAGCAUUACUGCAUAAGCUUUGGAAAUUCUGGAGAUGUUGGUUGGAAUAUCACAACAAAUCUGAGGUUUGAGGUAAGUCGUUCAUGUUAAAACAAUCUCAAUGCACAUAAUAUAGUGUCAAUUAUUUUACGUCUAUACCAAAUUGCUUCGCAUUACGUUAUACGGUAUUUACGCUUCCUCUUUAAAGUACAUUGGUUCUUUGAGUAAUAAUACAGAAUUUAAUGCAACAAAAAUUUUCUUUUGGUCCAUGCUUCCACUUUACAUCACCACCUAUGAAUGAGCCUUGUAACAGUUUUUUUUCUGUAGGACCCUUAUACAUACUCAAACACAGUAAGCAAUAUAUCACAAAGCGGGGAAUAGAGACACACUCGAGCCUCUUGCUGGGGGAAAAUACAAUUAUGUUGAAAAUAAAGGAAUGAAUACACAGGAGCCUUUACUAUAUCAUGAAAUGUAAUCAGAAACUGUGGAGAGAGAAAAAGAGAGA